AUGAGGAAAAUUGAAAUGUUAGAAAUUCAUUUUCUAAAAUUCAUCUUCUAAGUUGCUCUGAUUUUCUGCUUGUUAGUCGAUUCGAUGGUCCUGAAUUGAGAAGUAUUAUAAAUAGUUUCCUAACGAUCCAAGAAAAUAUUAUGAUGUUCUAAGAAAACCCACUUCUGCAUUAAUACAUAAAGAGAGCCAGCAAUCUUUCAAAAGAACUCUUGAUGACUGGCAAAAUUGUGGAGAUACUUGUGAAAAGAAAAUUAGAAAAUAAAUUUCCCUGCAUGCUUAUUUGUAGAGAACCUUCAUAAGUUUAUGUAUGUCAUUGAAUAAUGAGAUUUGCUUGAUUUUCCAAAUUUAUUGUAUUAACCGAUUUGAAAAUUAUAUUGUUUUGAAAUUAAAGCCAAUAAAUAUGUCUACUAUAAUUAAUGAUUAUUUAGAUUAUGUAGUAAAAUUGGUAGAAUGCAUUGAGCCUUUGUAUCAUAUCACAACCUAUUUGAAAUUUAGGGUUUUUUAUAUAACAAAAGCCACAGAAACAUAUAAGAGGGUAUUAAGAACUGAAUAAUUGAGUAAUUUUAUUGCUUAAAUCAAGAGUUGCUACUAAAAUAUUUGUUAAAGUAUUGCAGAUAACAAUAAAGAUUUUCAAAUUCUAAAAAUAAACUUGUAUUCACAAAAUUUUACGCCAAAAUUAAUAUUAUUUGUAGAAACUAUAACGGGAAAAGUAGAAUUUAAAAUAUAUUUCAAUAAGAAAAUCUUAAAGUUGAAUACAUAUUUAAUUAAGCAACCUUUAAAAAAAAAAACUCAUCUAUCCAUUCUUACUCAAACCUGA